CGGGCGUCCGCGGCCUGUCACUCGCACCUUCCGCAGCUGCGGCCCGCGGGGAGGACACCCCUGAGAGCCGGGAGCGGGGCCGGACAUGGACUCUGUGGUCUUUGAGGAUGUGGCUGUGGACUUCACCCUGGAGGAGUGGGCUUUGCUGGAUUCUGCCCAGAGGAGCCUCUACAGAGAUGUGAUGCUGGAAACUUUCCGGAACCUGGCCUCAAUAGAUGAUGAGACUCAGUUGAAAGCCAGGGGGUCAGUUUCUCAGCAGGAUAUAUAUGGGGAAAAAAUAUCUAAGGAACAGGAAAUACCAGAGUGCACAAGAAAUAAUUCCUGUGCCUACAUUUUAGAAAAAAAUUGGGAAGACCCGAACAUUGAAGAUCAGCACGAAAACCAGGGGAGACAUCUGAGAAAUCAUAUGGUGGACAGAUUCCCCGAAAGUAAUGAAGGCCGUCAGUGUAAAGAACCCUUCAGUCACAUUUCAGAUCUUAAUCUGUAUAAGAAAAUUUCUACUGGAGAAAAACCAUAUGAGUGCACCAAGUGUGGGACGCUCUUCAUGCAUCUUUCCUCUCUUAAGAGGCACGUCAGAUCUCACUGUGGGCAAAAACCGUAUCACUGUCAGGAAUGUGGGCAGGCCUGCAUCUGUCCCUCACACCCGAGAAGUUAUGUAAGAACUCACACUGGAGAAAAACUCUAUGGAUGUAAAUUAUGUGGGAAAACUUUUCCCUAUUUCUACUCCCUCACGCAACAUAUCAGGACUCAUGCUGCAGAGAAAAACUACGAAUGCAAGCAAUGUGGAAAAGUCUUCAUUGAGGUCUCCAGUCUGACUAGACAUGUUAGAACUCACACUGGAGAGAAGCCAUAUAAAUGUAAGGAAUGUGGGAAAGCUUUUAUCUAUCGCUCACUCUUCCAAAGACAUAUGAUAACACACACAGGAGAGAAGCCCUAUCGAUGUAAAUUAUGUGGGAAAACCUUUCACCACUCUUACUCCCUCACUCAACAUAUAAAGAUUCACACUUCAGAGAAAACCUAUGAGUGCAAGCAGUGUAGGGAAGCCUUCAGUCAGUUCUCACGUUUUACCAGACAUGUGAGAACUCACGUUGGAGAGAAGCCAUAUAAGUGUAAGGAAUGUGAGAAAGUCUUUACUUAUCCCUCAGUCUUUCAAAGACACAUGAUAACACACACUGGGGAGAAGCCCUAUGAAUGUAAGUUAUGUGGGAAAACUUUUCGUCAUCCCCAUUCCCUCAUUCAGCAUACAAAGAUUCACACAGCAAAGAAAACCUAUGAAUGCAAGCAGUGUAGGAGAGACUUCGGUGAGCUCUCAAGUUUUACUAGGCAUGUAAGAACUCAUGCAAAAGACAAGCCAUAUAAGUGUAAGGAAUGUGGGAAAGCCUUCCUUUAUCCCUCAACCUUUCAACGACACAUGAUAACACACACGGGAGAAAAGCCCUAUGCAUGUAAGCAAUGUGGGAAAACCUUUAGUUAUCACCAGUCUUUUCAAAGACAUGAAAAGACUCACACUGGAGAGAAACCGUAUGAAUGUAAACAAUGUGGGAAAGCCUUCAGUUGGCCUGAAACCUUUCGAGUACAUGUGAGAGUGCACACUGGAGAAAAGCUCUAUAACUGUGAAAACUGUGGGAAAGUUUUCAGUUGUCCCAAAUCCUUUCAAGGUCAUGUGCGAACUCACACUGGAGAGAAACCGUAUGAAUGUAAGCAAUGUGGGAAAGCCUUCAAUUGGCCCUCAACCUUUCGAGAACAUAUGAGAAUUCACACUGAAGAGCAGCUCUAUAAAUGUGAAAAUUGUGGGAAGGCUUUCACUUCAUCUAGAUCGUUUCAAGGUCACAUGAGAACUCACACAGGAGAGAAACCAUAUGAAUGUAAGCAAUGUGGGAAAACCUUCUGUUGGUCCUCAUCCUUACAAAAACAUGUGAGAAUGCACACAGGAGAGAAACCUCAUGAAUGUAAACAAUGUGGGAAAGCCUUCAAGUGGCCCUCAUCUUUUCGAAACCACAUGAGAAUGCACACUGGAUAGAAACCCUAUGAACAUGUGUGAUAUUCAAAAGCUUUUAGUUGUCAAGUCACUCUUUCUGAAACACAUGAGAGUGCACACUAGAGAGAUAUAACUCUAAUGUGGGGAAACCUCAUGAUUUCUGCAAGAUCUCACAAGUCCACCAGGCCACUGAUUUGGACUUGUCAUGGUUGGUGACAUUCUCUGAAACUCUGCCUCUCCUCUUCUCUAGAUCUUACCUUACUUGCAUAAGGUAUAAUUUAUAUACUGAACAUUUUGUUCUGUUAAUACUGCUUGUGGCUCUUCAUUUCUUUCUUUCUUUUUUUUUUUUUUUUUUUUUCAAAAGAUGACCGGUAAGGGGAUCUUAACCCUUGACUUGGUGUUGUCAGCACCAUGCUCAGCCAGUGAGCCAACCGGCCAUCCCUGUAUGGGAUCCGAACCCGUGGCCUUGGUGUUAUCAGCACCACACUCUCCCGAGUGAGCCACGGGCCGGCCCCAGGCUCUUCAUUUCUGAUUCAACCAUGACAGCCUACACAGCAGCCAACAAAAUAUGUGGUACUUUGUUCCUGCACUGUAUUGUUGAGUGACUGCUCUGAGCUGGUCCUUGCUUGAGCGAAUAUCACCUUCCUCAUAAGUCAGGCAGAUUGUGGGAGUUUUGUAUUACUUAAAGCUGAGUGCAGAGCUGGCCUGUGCCUCACUUGGGAGAGUGUGGUGCUGACAACACCAACUCAAGGGUUAAGAUCCCCUUACCAGUCAUCUUUAAAAAAAAAAAAACCAAAAACUGAGUGUGACCCCUCAAUAUGUGUCCAAUUAAUUAUUUUUGAUGACAUGCUAUUUAAAAAAUGCACUUUUUUUUGUCAAACGAAACCUUCUGUAGGUGUUUCUUAGGAAUAUCCUAUCAACUGUGUUGAGAUAACUUGUACACUAACAGAUGUUAUUUUCUUUACUUUUCAUUUACUUUGAUGAUAUAUCGCAAUAUUCCGUUGCGAUUAUGGAGUGUGAAAUCGACUUUGUAAUUUUGUCAAUUUAGGUACUACUUAUUCUGUGUUAGUAUUACCAGGUAUUUUCUGAGUUAUGAGUUCCUGCUUUUUUUUUUUUUUUUGUCACCUGGCCAUUAAGGGAAUCUGAACCCUUGACCUUGGUGUUACAAUACCACACUGUAACCAACUGAGCUAACUGGCCAGCCCAACGCACUUUUCUUCAAGGUAAAUUUUAUUUUCCUUUUUAUUUACUUAAAACUUUUGACUUUAACAUAACUUAUUCAUUCAUGAUAGUAAAAGCUUUUCACUUAGUCAGUGCAAUCUACCCAUAGACCUCCUCACAACACACGCUAACCACACAUUUACUCAAGGAAACUUGGAUAUACUUAGUUACCAAAACGUGGAUAACCACACACCAUGAAGGGUUGUGGGCUGCAUCAGCUUGGAGAGUGUUGAAAAGGACGUGGCAUCAGAUUUGGGCUUGUGUUAGGUGAUCUGGAUGCACAUUGAAGGAAGUUAGGCUAUCUCUGGAUUGGAUGCUCUCAGGUCAUUAACUAAAUUCUAUCACUGGGAAUCUUAAUAGUUCUUGUUUAGAAGGCAGAAAGAAUGGAGUGGAGCUAAUGUUAAUUGGCAGAGAAACAGCAGUUGGUCGCAUUCAUGAAAAGAGGGGAAUGUUUGGUCAUUUUGUGGUUCAGAGUUUUUUCUUUGUUAGAAUUUUGGAGACAUGAUUGCACAGUGCUCUUUUUUAAUAAUCCUAACCCAUUGUAUUUACUAAGUAGUCAGUUAGUAAAAGACAGUUUCCAUGAAAUUGUUUCUCUUUAACAGUAGAAAACUUGGCUAGCCCCCAGUUUUCUGGGGUACUU